GGGAAGCAGAUCCUUAGUCACUCAGCGGGCAUAGAGGGAGGCUGCCGCGACUUCUUCGUUUCCCUAUUGCUCGCAGGUAUCGCACUCCCUUCCUCGCCACAACAAGUCACCUGGAUUUUAAAAACAAACCAAAACAAAGAAAAAAGAAAAGAAAACACGACCUGCCCUUCACCCGAUGUGAAAAAGAAAGAGGGGGAAAGGCGAGCAGACCAAACAGAAGAGAAAUGGGAGCGUUUAGGGUGCUGCUGGGGAGUUUGCAUUACAUGGGACUCUGCAUUCAACUUAGUGUCUCCACGAGGCAAGCUGGACCCGGCGAGACAGAGAACCACAUCUCUGGGAACGCCAUGUUCACUGAGGUGCCUCAUGAUAUGACUGCCCAGAGAGGUCAGGAUGUGGAGAUGGCCUGCUCCUUCAGAGGGGCAGGAAUGCCCUCGUAUUCACUGGAGAUCCAGUGGUGGUACAUCAGGAACCACCUCGACUGGACAGACAGACAGCCCUGGACAACCAAUGAAGUGGCUCCAGAGGAGGAGAUGCCACAGGAUGCUACAAAGAUAAGUGUUGUGAAGGUUGUAGGAAGCAACAUCUCCCAUAAACUCCGCCUCUCCCGAGUCAAGCCGUCUGACGAGGGCACCUACGAAUGCAGUGUCAUUGACUUCAGCGACGACGCAGGUGCUCGCCACCACCGCGUCCGGGCCUACCUGCAGGUGGUGCCGGAGAGCGACAUCAUCGACAGCAACCACAACGACAACUUUGAGGCCGCGGACGACACCAAGAGAGGAGUGGGCUUCGCUGACGGGGACGACGUGGAGUCUCACGCCGGCACCAGAGAGCACGCUCACGGCCAUCGCCAGAAUCACGGGCACCACCAGGAGCACGGCAAGCGGCCUUCGUCGCCGGCUCACCACGGCCACAGCCACAGCAGCAGCAGUCAGCAGCACAAGGCAGGCAGAGAGCUGAAGAAGAGGGAUGUGGACAGUAACCACAGCCACAAUGACUGCACCAACGAACCGAGCUGUGCGCUGUAGAUUUUGGCUCAGUACACCUGAGUGAUAGAUUACAUGAGGAUUGCAUUACAUGAUGUGUAUCACAGCAUAAAAAAGCUAUAUUUCCCCACACAGUUUAGGCCUGUGCACAAAUCCAGAAUCUCUAGAAAUGCACAGUAUGGCUUAUUCGGAGCACAGUGCUGUAAACACUGCAGGGAAUGUAGCUUUUUCUUGCUGUGCAUGGGUCUGGAUUGCACUGCUCACUGUCUGUAAAGCCUGGCUUCAAGACAUUCAGCUGGGGGGGGGGGCUGACAUGUAGAUCUAGGCAGCUCCAAUAUUUGUGGUCUCAGCACCAACAAAGACUCUUGCCAUACUAUUAACCCAUGCUCUGUUCCACUCUUGUACUUAAAAUACUGUAAAUGUCACAAUCUGCUUUCACCCUCAUACACCAACCGGCCACAACAAUAAAAUCAGUAACUGGUUUUACUGUUGUGGCCAAUUGGUGUUCUUGUUCCACUGCCUUACUCUGUCAUUUCAUACACCCUCAGAAAAAAGUGUUAUACCUUUUGAAACUGGGUCUGUCCCCAGUAAAAGAAAAUGUUCCUUUUAUUCUGAGAGUGCAGUGAAUGAAACUUGACCGUCAGUAAUUCUUUCCUUAGAAAUCUUGUCCUUAGCUUUUUAGCUAGAGCACAAGCUUCAUGACAUCUUUUUGUGCAUUCAAAUAAUGGACAAGAAUAUGGUGCAAAGCACCCAAAAUGCACCCAAAAUUCAGCAAGAUAUUACAUGUUGACUUGCGGGAAGAAUGAAACAUGCUUUCUUCAGCAGGAAUCAAAGACCCAGAGCAGCAGUAAUCAUCAAGGACAGAUACAGUACAUCCUCUUCUCAUUUCAGUUGGAGUAAAUACAGUGGUCAUGUGGAAAGUGUGGUAUUGCUACAACAAUCAAGCAAUUCAAACAUAGCACAUCACAGGCUGUAUUUUCUCCGCAGCAGUUUUGAGUUUAUGAACAACAGAAAAUGUGAUUUUUAUUCAUCCCCUGUGCUACAAGUUCGAUCCAUUCAUGGCUGUUCAGGCUGAGAGAAAUUAAUCGCAUGGUUCCACUGUAUCGUUGGACACCACCUGUUUGGAAAGCCACAACAAAAUCAAAUCUUUGCUAUUGAAUAAAAAAAUCUGAUUCGGUCUGCCUCUGAAUCUGGACUAUAAAUGAAUAGAAGAAAUGGGAUCUUGGUGCAAAAUGCAUUUUGGGAAGAGCAGUGCUGUAUUCCUAUCCCACGUUAGUUCUCUUAUUCCGAUGCUCUGGCCCAGUGUUCAUCAAUCAUUCAAAAGCCUCAGUUCUCUACUACAAGCCUCUAAUCCACUCUGUAUAUAUGACUGUAUAAUAUGAAAUAAAGCGAGUGCAUGUUCAGUAA